UUGUAGAGCCCCUGAUUUCUGUUCCAGAGCACAAGCCGUUGAUGGCAGUGAAGGACCACUCUGUUCAGAACAACCCUGAUGCUACAAAAGAGACCAAUUUUAAGUCAUUGCUGAAGAGCACCCUGAAGAUCAAACCCAGAGUCAACAUAUUGACUGACCCUUCUUACUCCGAGCCACUUGUGAAGGUGAACCUGAUUUUGGGGCUCGUUUUCUAUGGCUUCAUCGUAAUAGUGGUUCUCUAUGAUGCUGUGAGAAUCUCCAAGGAGGCUAGAAGGCGAUCUGAUGCUAUUGCCACUGCCAGGUUGAAGAAAAGGGAACCAGCCACCGCUGAACCACAGACACUGGCAUCCAGAGUUCGGGAGAGCAUCUCUUCACGGUUUGGUUUGAAACAAGCAUCAUCCACACCACAGUGUGCCCCCAUUUCUGACGAUUCUGCAAAAGAGUUGCAGAAGUCAAAGGAGUUCAUCUCCACUAAGGACAAAUCUGAGUCGGAAAAGAGACCUGGAAAGAGUGCUGUCAGCCUGAGAGAGUGUGAGCCGCCUCUGCCUAGCAUCCCAGAUAACUUCCUUGUGCCUGACUCUGAGCCUGCCAUCCAGGUGGCAUUGAACCCAUUCGACACCAAGCUAGCCAAAGUUGUAUCUGACAAUGCUGAGGCAUCCAACUACGAGGCAACCGAGAAGCCCUGCUACACACAGUCUGGGCUCACUGAGGUUUGCGUCAAUUAAGACUGAGGACUACUUCUUAAACCAAGUGAUAUUGAAUAAAAGCUGCAGAUAUUACAUCUCCAAAUGAGAUCACAUGGAGACUGCCACCUUUGAAGACUUCCAUUUUCUGUUUGUAAUUUAAUUUCUUUAGAAUAGUAAUAAAAAUAUAUUGCAUUUAAAACAUAUGUUUCAAGUUAUUUUUGGGGUAUUUUGAUUUGU